CCUCUGAGGGUAGCUCCUAGGCCAGGUGAGGGGCGUGAACGGGGCAGGGGCGUGCAAAGUUGUGAUGCUAGGUGGGAAGCCGCGCGCUGUGGCGUGGCGGGACCGAGGGGCUCCGGGAGAGGCCCCGGGUCUGGAGUGAGCCGGCUGCGGGCUGAGCGCCGCCAGCUGGGGUGCAGAGUGUGUGCUGGGUGGCAAGGGGUGCUUGAAGUUCGUCCUCUUUAUUCUGUGAACUCUGACUUCGGGUACAUAAAGUUCUUCGCACCGACUUUUCUCGUCUGCGUUUUGAAAAUAGUACUUCUCGUCCAAAUUGUAGUACGUACGGAUCGGGUGGAUCAAACGAUGUGGUAUUUCUAAAAACGCUAAAGCAUAUAGAAUGGAAUGUCAACUCCAUAAGAGCGAGGAUUCUCAGCUGUACCGUGCCUGGUUCAGAAAGAUGUUCCUAAACAUUUGUUGAUGAUGAAUGCGUACUGGGAGUUAAUAAAGACUCUCAAGGCAUCCCCUUCUAAACGUGCUAGGCGUUUUCCUAAUUUUUAAAAAAUGGAACCUUGUUCCUGUGAUACUUUUGUGGCAUUACCUCCAGCAACGGUUGAUAACAGGAUUAUUUUUGGAAAAAAUUCAGAUAGAUUGUGUGACGAAGUACAGGAGGUAGUUUAUUUUCCUGCUGCAGUUCAUGAGAACCUGAGAGAACAUCUUCAGUGUACUUACAUAGAAAUUGAUCAAGUUCCUGAAACAUAUGCUGUUGUCCUCAGUCGCCCAGCUUGGUUAUGGGGGGCAGAAAUGGGAGCCAACGAGCAUGGAGUUUGCAUUGGGAAUGAAGCUGUAUGGGGAAGAGAAGAAGUGUGUGAUGAAGAGGCGCUACUGGGCAUGGAUCUUGUCAGACUUGGCCUUGAAAGAGCUGAUACAGCUGAAAAAGCCCUCAAUGUCAUUGUUGAUCUAUUAGAAAAAUAUGGCCAGGGUGGAAAUUGUUCAGAGGGUAGGAUGGUAUUCAGCUAUCAUAACAGUUUCCUGAUAGCUGAUAGGAAUGAAGCCUGGAUUCUGGAGACUGCAGGGAAGUACUGGGCAGCAGAAAAAGUACAAGAGGGAGUUCGUAAUAUUUCUAAUCAGCUUUCUAUAACAACCAAGAUUGAUCGGGAACAUCCAGACCUGAGAAACUAUGCUAAGCAGAAAGGUUGGUGGGAUGGUAAAACGGAGUUUGAUUUUGCUGCAACAUACUCUUAUCUUGACACAGCCAAGAUGAUGCUUUCACCAGGCAGAUACUGUGAAGGCUACAAGCUUCUGAAUAAGCACAAAGGAAAUAUAACUUUUGAAACAAUGAUGGAAAUUCUCCGAGAUAAACCAAGUGGCAUUAAUAUGGAGGGAGAAUUCCUGACCACUGCAAGCAUGGUUUCUAUUUUACCUCAAGACUCCAACCUUCCUUGCAUUCACUUCUUUACAGGGACUCCUGAUCCUGAGAGAUCUGUUUUUAAGCCUUUCAUAUUUGUGCCAAAUGUUUCACAACUAUUGGAUACCAGUUCACCAACAUUUGAUCUUGAAGACCCAGUUAAAAAGAAACCACGUUUUCAGUUUAAGCCUGACAGAAGACACCCACUCUAUCAAGAACAUCAACAGGCAUUGGAAGUAAUAGACAAAAAGGAGGAAAAAGCCAAAACUAUGUUGGACAACAUGAGGAAACUGGAGAAAGAACUAUUCAAAGAAAUGGAGUCAAUUCUUCAAAACAAGCCUCUUGACGUUGAUAAAAUUGUUAAUCUCUUUCCCCAGUGUGCAAAAGAUGAAAUUAGAAUUUAUAAGUCAAACAUUAGUUCUUAGUGUCAUGUAAAUGGUCAACAAUCUUCCUCAAAGUCAGAAUCUAUCACCUUGGUAAAUGAUAUAACCUAGUUUGAGUAGAUCUGAUUUUUCUUUAAUAGCAUU